CUCCGCGCCGGCGGGGCCCGGCCGGCUCGGGGCGGCCGCUCGUCCGUCCGCCGCGCCGGAGCCUCGGUUGACGGCCGCGGCGUCGGGUCCGCGACAUGAGCCGGAAGAGGCCGCGUCCGGGCGCCGAGCCGCUGGGCCUGAGGCGGCGGCGCGCAGGCGGGCGCGCCGAGGCCGACGCCCCGGGGGGCGCGGCCGGGGCCCGGGGCGCGGGGGGCGGCCCUCCGGGCCCGGGGGCGGCGCGCGCGGCGGUGGCGGAGCUGGGCCGGCUGUUCCCGCGCGGCCUGUUCGAGGACGCGCUGCCGCCCAUCGCGCUGCGGAGCCAGGUGUACAGCCUCGUGCCCGACCGCACGGCGGCCGACCGGCAGCUGAGGCCCCUUGCACGAUCGGGUGGGAAGAGACACGGAGGUUGGCCAGCCAGGGAGGGACAGAGAGGGCUCCAGGGCCUGUGGGGACCAUUUCGCUCAGUCUCUCCCCAGACCCAGCAGCAAACUGACCCCAGCAGCAAGCUAACCUGCAGUUUUCCUUUACUUGGAGAAAAACUCCCCGCAUCUCACCCUGACACCCUUCUUCUCACCCCAUCUUUCUGGAAACAGAAAGAACUUCAGGAACAGGGGGAGAUCAGAGUCAUCCAGCUGGGCUUCGACCUGGAUGCCCAUGGGAUUGUUCUCACCGAGGACUACAGGACCAGGGUCCUCAGGGCCUGCGACGGCCGGGCCUACGCAGGGGCCGUGCAGAAGUUCCUGGCCUUGGUGCUCCCAGCCUGCGGGGACCUUAGCUUCCAGCAGGACCAGAUGACGCAGACCUUUGGCUUCAGGGACACAGAGAUCACGCAGCUGGUCAACGCCGGAGUGCUCACUGUCCGAGAUGCCGGGAGCUGGUGGCUAGCUGUGCCUGGAGCUGGGAGAUUCGUUAAGUGUUUUGUGAAAGGGCGCCAGGCUGUCCUUGGCAUGGUCCGGAAGGCCAAGUACCGGGAGCUGCUCCUGUCGGAGCUCCUGGGCCGGCGGGCGCCUGCCUCGGUGAGACUCGGCCUUGCCUACCACGUGCACGACCUCAUCGGGGCCCAGCUGGUGGACUGUGUCCCCACCACUUCUGGAACCCUCUUGCGCCUGCCAGAGACGUGAGGGUCUGCACCCCGCGGCAAGCCUGCGGAGGGCCGGGGCCAGGCGUGCUGCCAGGCGGCUGAGCAGGUCACCUUGGGGAGCUCGGCCAGGAGGAUGCGCCGCGGACCGGAGGGCGUGCUGUGCGGGGCGUCGCUGCUGCCGUUGGCCUGGGCUCCGGGCAGGGCGGGUUUGGGCAGUGCCUCGGGGCCUGUGGACGUGAGGCCACGGCCGCUGCCUUCCGGGCAGCACGGUGCUGCUGGCACGUCCGAGGGGCAGGGGCGGGGCUCUGCCCUACAUGUUGGAAGGAAUGGCGAAUAAAGGACUUCUGCUGGUGCUCCCUCCU